AUGUCCGUCCUGACGAGCAACAGGCUAGCACGCGUCUGCCAGCCCCUCGCCGAGACUCGCCAUGAGGAGGGCGAAGCGGACGCGGCGGCGCUUCACCGGGGAGAAGUGUCGCUGCCAACGCGGCUGCUGGCGGUCUUGGGGCGUCCGGGGAGUACGAUCAGCGACACUCUGCUCUUGGCCGGGAAGGCCCUCUGCCCCCGUAUGCGUAUCGAGGGCGUCUCGCGCGAGGAUCGGGCUCAGCAUAUGCGCGUCAUGUCGCGCUCGUGGCGGCGAGUGCAGGCGGGUCUCCAUCGCAGAGGCCACCUCCUCCUAGGCGCUCCACGCCGCUCGUCGUCAUCUAUCAGGCCUCGCAGUCCGCGCACGAUCUCCUCUACAAGGUCACUGCUCUACGAGGGCCGCCAGAUCUACUUCGGCCGCACCGCCGACGCGGAGGCAUUCUUCCCCGAGAUGGGGAGCGUCAAGUCCUCGUACACGCUCUCCUUCGGCAAACAGAUCGGUCUUCGUGUCGAGCGUGGCUUACAGCGGCUCAGGGGCGACAUGACCAACUUCUAUGUCACCGUAUUCGGUAACUCUGUCAUGGCCCUCAUCAUCACAACACUUCGCUCGCGGUCAACCUCGCGUAUGUCCAACCUGCGCCGUAAGGUCGGCCCGUUCUUCCUGUACCUUUACCUGCACGACGACCAUGUCCAUGAUCUUCCGGAACAUCGUCUCUGCGACUCGCACGCUUUCCCAACCCAUGCCUUGACUGGUGACUUUAUGCUGGCGCUCGUCAUCUACACUAGCUUCACCAUUCCAACGCGGGACACAAUGGUCUGGUUUCACUGGAUCAUCUGCCCCAUUGGCUACGCCUUCGAGACCAUCCCGGUCAUGGAGUCCAACGGGCGCGUCUUCAACUGUUUUCAGUACGUGUGCAUGGGCCACGGCUACGAGACCCUGUCCGGCGAGGAGUUUGUAUGCGCGACGACGGGUGCCGUGCUGAGAUGUACUGUCGUCUACGGCCUGGAUUACGUCAACACGACCUACGACUAUCGCAUGUCUGGCGUACCUUUGGGUGCAGUCUUCGCCUUGCGGUGGAGCCGUCUUCUCAAGCGCUGUGGCCAGGACGUCGGGGACGCAGCUGGCGGCGCGAAGUUCGCGGACAACAAUAGCGUCGGCUAG